AUGAGGCUUGUCAUAAAUAAUGUUGUAUUGUUUGUAGGUAUUUUCUGUCUUUACCUCUCCUUUUCACCGCCGAUAAAUGCUGCCGAUGGGAACAACCCGUUACUUGCGCACGCUUGCGAGAAGGUGAAGGCGAAAGACCUUUGCAUCUCGAGCCUCAUGGCAGAACAUGCCAGCAAAAGUGCUGACUUAGCCACGCUCGCCUUGAUAUCGAUCAAGGUGGCGUCGAAUAAUGGCACGAACACAUCUUUCUAUAUCAAGAAGACACUUGACACACAGAAACUGGAGCCGGCAGUGGAGCAGAACUUCCAGGAUUGUGAAGAUAAUUACAUAUCGGCAACACAGCAGCUCGAUGGCGCGGUAUCGUCGCUGGUGUCGAAGAACUACAAGGAUACAAAAAUGUUUUUGGAAUCGGCCAUUGAUGACGCGAUCACUUGCGACAACGGGUUGAGGAAAAUGCCUGGGAAUCAAUUGGAGUUGCCUCAUAGAAAUAACAUGUUUCGACAACUAUGUAUCAAUGCGUUGGACGUAGUUCUAUUCUUGACGUCUUCUUAA